CUACAGAGUUUCUCAGGUUGCUGCCCUUGUACCAAGCAUUCUCAAGGUUCUGCAGAAAUGAAUAACAAUUCCCAGAGAACCACCACCGUUCGACAGUACCACAAAUCCGAGCUUCCCCGCCUCCGGUGGACGCCGGAACUCCAUCAACGCUUUGUUGAAGCUGUUGAAACUCUCGGUGGCAAAGACAAGGCAACACCGAAGCGUAUUUUGCAGAUGAUGCGUGUGAAAGGAUUGAGAAUCUCGCACGUUAAAAGCCAUCUUCAGAUGUACAGAAACAUGAAGAGGCAAUAUUCUAUAGUUCAUCAUCAUCAAUCACAUGAAGGAAAAGCUCGUGCUCAUGAUCUCCAUAUCUGCUCCAUUUCCUUGCCCCAAAGAUCGCCAAGAGCAAAUGUCUUAGCAUCAACAUAUGAACUGCAUCAAUUACAUAUGAAAGGGCUUUCACAUAGUAGUGAAGAAAUUCAUUAUGAUCUCAAUCAGGAUCCUUAUACAACGACAAGUACAGAAAAUAGCGUGACAGCUCCACUUGGUGACCUCUCACUCUCUUUUGAUCACACACAUUUGUUUCCAGUGAUCAAUAUCAUGCACAGUGUGCAAGAUGAAGAAGAAGAAGAAGACGAAGACGACGAAGACGAAGACGAAGACGAAGACGAGGAUCAAGUAGUUCAUGACUCUACUAGUUCAACACAGUCUCUCGGAGGGAAUUACAUAAACUUAGACCUAACUAUUUGAAUCUCUAGAAUAAUGUGAUCUUAUGUUAACUUAAUUACCCACAAUAAAUUAGUUAGUUAUCAUCAUUCUACCCAUUA